ACGUCGAUGCAUGUGCGUGUGGCCAUGUGUUUAUUGUUCGUUCAUUCACAUGCAUCUGAAGAUUCAAAAUUCUAAUAUGUAUCCAUAUAGUUCUAUAAUUUACAAAUAUUGUUGCAAAUAAUAAUCUUCCUAAAAAUCUUUGAUAUUCGUCAAUUUUUUGGAUAAAUUCUUCCAUUUUAAGGUCACAAAAUGGGAAAAUUGAACGUGACUGUUCUUCGCUACCUCACGAAAGAAGACUUUCGUAUUUUGACUGGGGUUGAGAUGGGAAUGAAAAACCACGAGUUGGUACCUGCAGCUCUUGUUGCAAGCAUCGCGAAUCUUCGGCAUGGCGGAGCGCACAAAGUAAUGAAAGAGCUUUGUAAGCACCGACUUCUCACCUAUGAACGUGGAAAGCACUAUGAUGGGUAUCGCUUAACAAACCAGGGAUAUGAUUACUUGGCUUUGAAGACACUCAGCAUGAGAAAUGUUAUCACAUCCUUUGGAAAUCAGAUUGGGACGGGAAAGGAAUCUAAUAUCUAUGUUGUUGGCAAUGAGGAGCAAGAAACGUUGUGCUUGAAAAUCCACAGGCUGGGAAGAAUUUGCUUUAGAAAAAUCAAAGAAAAGCGAGACUACCACAAACACAGAAAAUCUGUUUCGUGGAUUUAUCUAUCAAGAAUUUCUGCUAUGAAAGAGUUUGCCUACAUGAAGGUUUUGCACGACAGAGGUUUUCCUGUUCCAAAGCCAAUUGAUUUCAGUCGCCACUGUAUUGUGAUGCAGCUAAUUGAAGGCACCCCAAUGUGUCAAGUGGCAGAGGUUGCUGACGUGGAAGGGCUCUAUGACGACUUGAUGAACUUGAUUGUAAAAUUGGCCAAUCACGGAGUAAUCCAUGGUGAUUUCAACGAGUUCAACAUCAUGAUCACACAAGAUGGCAAACCCAUCAUAAUCGACUUUCCGCAGAUGGUCUCCACCUCGCAUGCAGAAGCUAAAAUGUUCUUCGAAAGAGAUGUGAAUUGCAUCAGGGAUUUUUUCAAAAAGAGAUUCGCAUACGAGAGCCUUCUUCAUCCCUCCUUUGAAGACGUUAUUAGGGAGGAAAGCUUGGAUGUUGAAGUAUUUGCCAGUGGGUUUACAAAGCAGAUGAAAAAAGAUUUGGAUGUUCAAAUGGGCUUGGAUGAAGAUGAGGAAGAUGAAGACGAACCGGAGGAGCAGGUCGAUCUGUCAAACCUCAAGCUUCAAGAUGAAGAUCUACUUGCUAGAGAAAUCGAGCUUCCCAAAUUGCAAAUAAGUUUAGAGGAUAAAGUGGUAACAGCAGAGGAAAAUAUCAUCGCAGCUCCUUCUGAGGCAAUUGCAGCUCUAAUAGAUUUCCCUGAGCGAGAUAAAACUUCAGAGGAAAACUUUGAUUUAGAUGAGACAGACUUUCCAGAUGAGCUUGAAAUACCAAGAGGCAGAGGCCCUUCAAGCGAUAUGUGUAGUGUGACUACAACAUCUACAAUUGCGCCUGAGGUAAUAAGGGCCAGGGUGAAGAAGAUGAUCACCAGGCAAAGCAGUGAGGCUGCAAAGCGGAGGAUGAAGGCCAAAGGUGAAGCCAGCGCUACCACUAGAAGCCGCAGAGAUAAUGCUUCGACUAUUAAGGACAGUUCUGGUAUUUGGGGAUGGGAGUGAAGAGUGAAUCAAUUAAAAUUAAAUUAACUUUGAUUAACACAA